AUGCACUACACGGCGGCUGUCACCAGCCAAUUCCAGCAGACUCGUGGUGUCAAGACCAUUGACUUUGCCGGAACCAAGGAGACUGUUUACGAGCGUGAUGACUGGCCAAAGGAGAAGCUCCUUGAGUACUUCAAGAACGACACCCUUGCCCUCAUCGGCUACGGCUCCCAGGGUCACGGUCAGGGUCUCAACCUCCGCGACAACGGCCUAAACGUCAUCGUCGGUGUACGGAAGAACGGUGCUUCGUGGAAGGAGGCCGAGCAGGAUGGCUGGGUCCCCGGCAAGAACCUGUUCGACAUUGACGAGGCCAUUGGCAAGUCCACCAUUGUCAUGAACCUUCUCUCAGAUGCGGCUCAGUCCGAGACCUGGCCCGCCAUCAAGCCCCAGCUCAAGGGAAAGACUCUCUACUUCUCCCACGGCUUCUCGCCCGUCUUCAAGGACCUCACCAAGGUCGAAGUCCCCAAGGACAUCGAUGUCAUCCUCGUCGCCCCCAAGGGUUCCGGCCGUACCGUCCGCACUCUCUUCCGUGAGGGCCGUGGAAUCAACUCUUCCAUUGCCGUCUUCCAAGACGUGACCGGCAAGGCCAAGGAGAAGGCCAUCGCCCUCGGUGUUGCCGUCGGUUCCGGAUACAUGUACGAGACUACUUUCGAGAAGGAGGUCUACUCCGACUUGUACGGCGAGCGUGGCUGCCUUAUGGGCGGUAUCCACGGCAUGUUCCUCGCUCAAUACGAGGUUCUCCGUGAGCGCGGCCACAGCCCCUCUGAGGCUUUCAACGAGACUGUCGAGGAGGCUACCCAGUCGCUAUAUCCCUUGAUCGGUGCCAACGGCAUGGACUACAUGUACGCUGCCUGCUCGACCACCGCCCGUCGCGGUGCCAUCGACUGGAGCAAGCGCUUCAAGGAUGCCCUCAAGCCCGUCUUCGACGACCUCUACACCUCAGUUGAGAACGGCAGCGAGACCAAGCGCUCGCUCGAGUACAACUCGCAGCCCGACUACCGUGAGAAGUACAACCAGGAGCUCAAGGAGAUUGACGACCUUGAGAUCUGGCGUGCUGGAAAGGCUGUCCGCUCCCUCCGCCCCGAGAACGCUAAGUAAAAUGCGUUUCGCUAUUGGGAAGAGGUUGAGCCUGGGGACAGAAGUAAAAGGUUAAGGGAAUUAUGUAGAUAGGUCAUGUCUUUGUUACGAUUACGGAUUUGUGGCGUUGGCGCGCUCUUUUUUGCUUAUGAAAGGGGGGUUUCCAACAUCCAUGACUAUACAUGGUAGAAAGAAGGAAGCUUAGUCUAAAAGCAUAAAUGAUACCUUUUCAUGACAG